GUUCUUCGUUCUUAUCAUUUUUUUUUUGCUCCUCUUUUUUUUUCCCAGAGACGAAUCUUACAGUGUUGUAGAUAAUACGUUGUUCUUCGCGAUCUCUAUUGAGGAUUCCUCUUGUCGAUCUCCAUCUUCUGAUCUUCGAGGUGGAUUUGUUAUUGUUAGCAAUUUUUGGAUUAGGGUUCCAGCGAUCUUUGAGUCCGGACUGUCGCAUAGCCUUCUUGAAUCCAUGGACAAGAAGAAGGUGGCAGUUCCUCUUGUGUGCCAUGGGCAUUCGCGACCCGUCGUGGAUUUGUUCUACAGCCCUGUUACCCCGGAUGGAUUCUUCCUGAUCAGUGCAAGCAAGGAUGCAAAUCCAAUGCUUAGAAAUGGUGAGACUGGAGAUUGGAUUGGAACAUUUGAAGGACACAAAGGUGCAGUUUGGAGUUGCGGCCUUGAUACCAAUGCUUUGCGUGCAGCUACUGGAUCAGCUGAUUUUUCUGCGAAAGUAUGGGAUGCUUUAACUGGGAAUGAAUUGCAUUCAUUUGAACAUAAACACAUUGUCCGAGCGUGUGCCUUCUCUGAGGAUACACACCUUCUGUUGACUGGAGGAAUUGAAAAGAUACUACGGACAUUUGAUUUGAAUCGUCCAGAUGCACCUCCAAGAGAAAUUGAUAAAUCACCUGGUUCAGUCAGGACAGUUGCUUGGCUUCAUAGUGACCAAACGAUACUUAGUUCUUGCACUGAUAUGGGAGGUGUGAGAUUAUGGGACACCAGAAGUGGAAAAAUUGUGCAAACACUUGAAACCAAGUCACCUGUUACUAGUGCUGAAGUUAGUCAAGAUGGUCGAUAUAUCACGACUGCUGAUGGCUCAACUGUCAAAUUCUGGGAUGCAAAUCAUUUUGGGCUUAUAAAAAGCUACGACAUGCCAUGCACUGUGGAAUCUGCUUCACUUGAGCCCAAAUAUGGAAACAAAUUUGUUGUUGGAGGAGAAGAUAUGUGGAUUCGUGUCUUUGAUUUCCAUACGGGUGAAGAAAUUGUCUGUAACAAGGGUCACCAUGGUCCAGUUCACUGUGUGCGCUUCUCUCCUGGUGGCGAAUCAUAUGCCUCUGGGUCCGAGGACGGCACCAUCAGAAUUUGGCAGAUGGGUCCGGCCGUGGCUGACGAUCAUGAUGCUUACAGCGCAAACACGUCUCCUGGGAAACAAAAGGUUGGUGCUGAUGACGUCGCUCGUAAGAUCGAGGGUUUUCACAUCACCAAGGAUGAACUGAAGGAAUAGGCUUUGCACCCACAGAUCGCAAGCUGCAUUCCGUUGGUUCAAUGUAUGCAAGGGCUUAUUGCUAUUUUCAUUUUUGUAAGGCCAUGCACACGGUGAUUUCUAUGAUGCCUCACCAGUUAGAUCUCUUAAAACAGAAAUCCUUCCCUUCUGUUUCAGAUUUGUCAACUCAAUUUCAAUAACCUCUAUUCCUGCAAUCCCUAGUGCAAAUGUUAGUCAUAUUUGUCAAGAAAUCCAGUGACAAUUUUCCA